GAGGGCGCCAUGUUUGCCGCCGGCCUGCUCAGGGGCUCCGUCCGGCUCUUCGACGUCCCACUCAGCGUGAACUUCAGCGAGAAGGGCGACGCGCCCCAGAAGCUGUCGGAAGCGCAGGAGGCGCUCUGGCAGAAGUGCCGCCGCGCGCUAGGCGACCGGCUGGGCGCGCUUGAGCCGGCGCCCGCGGCGCAGGCGGCGGACGGCGGCAGGGGGCGCAGGGACAG